AUGACACAGCCAGGCACGCCUCGACCCGACGCAGCGUCGUUGCCACCCACACCGCUCCAGGGCAACAAGUCGCCUAGCAGCAGCAACAGCAGCAGUGGAGGAAGCAAUGGUGGGGCCGCACGCCCCACGUUACCGGCGCGGCCAGCCAGUUUCACGAGCAUGACAACUUUCCCGUCUCAUCCAUACAAUCAAUUCGCCGGCCCAAUCAGAAAACGGAGAACAGAAUCCAUCUUUUCAUUUGAGAUGGGCCCGUCGUUCACGUCGACAAAGCAGCUUCAAGAACUGCUCAGUCUGGAUCAGUCGAAUGGAUACCAAAUACAACUUCAUGCAAAGAUGGACCGAGGCUUUUUUCGCGCGGACCAGGACUGGGCAUGCUAUCGGCGCAAUUAUUUCCAGGUCAGUGGCACCUUUGACGUCCACGGCAUCAACUACCUCUUGCAAGGCCCCGAAGUGCCUUGCCUGCUUCGUAAAUCCGAGCAGGAGCUCUACCAGGUCGAAUACUUCUCGAUUGGGGUUAGCGCAUGUGUCUCAAACAAUGCAGACAAGAAAAUCGAAUUAGUGCAACACACGCCGAAAAGAGACAAGGGGCCCCAAAUCAUCCCAAAACCACAGCCUGUGCGUGCUGGCGGCAACCUCCAUCUGGCCUCCGUCGGCUCCAGCCAUCACAUUGUCACCUUUGAGCGCAUGCAGUUCAAGACCGCCACCGCCAACAACGGCAAGCGACGCGCGGCCCAACAGUACUAUGAGAUCGUGAUUGAUCUGUACGCCAACACCAGCCAGGGCGAGGAGAUCCGUGUCGCUACGUGUCAUUCUGCCCCGCUCGUCGUUCGUGGUCGAAGCCCGGGCCAUUAUGCAGAUUCGCAUACGCGUUAUCGCCACAACAUGACUGCCCCACAAGAAGAUCCAGCAGCUGCCGCUGCCGCCGCCGCCGCCGCUGCUGCUGCUGCUGUAGGCAUGCCGCCUCCACCACCGCCUCCACCACCUCCUCCUGCACCUCCAGGUGUCAAUGCAGAACGAGGACUUCCACCGCCGCCGCGGUAUCUUAGCUUGCCCACAUCUCCUGUGAGUGAUCUGGGCCCUUACUCUCCUUACUAUGGCUAUCCUUCCGCUGUUGGGUAUCAGCAAACGCAACAUCCCAAUGAAAACCAGCAGCAGCAGCAGCAGCAACCUCCUCCUCCUCCUCCACCGCCGCAACCACAACACUAUGGACCGUCGUCAUCCUCAUCAGACUCAUAUUUCCAAGGCAAUCGUUUAGAUUCUGAGAACAAGACGUCAUCCACCGCAGAAAUGAUGACCCAAAGCCCUUAUUACUCUGAUUCAUACGGUUCGCGUCCUCCCGAGAACGACACAAAGUACUUUACCAUGCGACACGAUCAGCAACAACAACAACAACCUCCGCCGCCACAGCCGUCCUCGCCUUACCCUCCUUUUGCUACAGGCCAUCAUCAUCAUCAUCAUCAACCAUUACCGCCACCUCCACAGCAUCACCAUCAUCAACAACAACCACCGCCACCCUCAGCUCCUCAGGCACCUCCACAGCAGCAGCAGCAGCAACAUUACAAUGAUUAUCCUUACAGUUCCGCGCCCUCAUCCUCGGCACUCCAUGCUCAACACCAUCACCACUAA